AAAGGCAAAAGAUAAACUCAGAAAGAAGAGAAACAUGUUAUGAAAUAUGAAACACAUUUUGUCCUAAGCAUCCUCUUCUUUGUACUUUUGGUUUUUUUUAAUCUUUGUUUUAAAAAGUUUGAAAGCAACAAACAGCUACUUUAAAUUGUAUUUUAAUGGAGUCUUUGUCAGUGAUUCAAUGGCUUGAAAAGAGAAAACAGCUCUUCUUGUUUGUCUGCAACUGAGUUUUAUAUUAGGUGAGCGUAAAACAGUAGGAAGAAGCUUAACAAACAAGGUGUUGAAGCGAAGGGGUUUUUGAUUUUAAUGGACUGGAACUUGAAAGCUACAUCAUGGGAUUUUACUGAAUUUGUUGAGGAAACUGUAUCAAACGCAGACACUGAUAUCAUCAAUGGCAAUGAAUCAAAUAGCUAUAAACUUGUUAACUCUAUAGGGGAUUUUAGAGUUGAUUUGAAGCUUGGCCAAGUAGGAAAUUCAGGUGAAUUACCUUCUAACAAAUGGAAGGAACCCAGAGUUUUAAAGAUGGAAUCUUCUUCUUCGAGUUCGAAGAAAGCUAGACCUACUAAUAUCGGGACUCAUCCGGUUGUGUGCCUCGUUGACGAAUGUAAUACGGACCUUAGUAAUUGUCGGGACUACCAUAGGCGACAUAAGGUGUGUGAGCUCCAUUCUAAGACUGCUGAAGUUAUGAUCAAUGGCCUAAAACAAAGAUUCUGUCAACAAUGCAGCAGGUUUCACUCACUGGAGGAGUUCGAUAAUGGGAAGAGAAGCUGCAGGGCACGUCUCGAUAGACACAACCGGAGACGAAGGAAGCCUCAACCGGAUCCCCUCUCACAUUCUCGAAGCUAUUUCUCCAAUUACCAAGGUUCCCAAAUGUUGCCAUUCUCUAGUUUGCAAGUAUAUCCAUCCACCAGUGUGGUGAAAACUAUUUGGCCCGAAUCUCGGUAUCUCAACCUGAAGCAACCACCUGCGAAACAAAACCUUCUUCUAGGAUCCUCUUCAAGCAACUACAGAGAAGGUAAGCAGCAAUGCUCAUUCUUGCAAGGCAAGAAUCAAACACCUGCGAAAGCUUCCAUUUGCCAGCCAGUCCUCGGGCGUGUUGCACCUUUCUCGGAAGGCAAUGGGGGCUGCCAGAGCAUGUUAUGUGACAGGCUAACAACUCAAGUUCGGGAUUCGGAUUGUGCUCUCUCUCUUCUGUCAUCUCCACUGUCGCAUACAUCUGGGAUUGGGUUGAGUAACAUGGUGCAGCCUCAGUCAUUCCCCUUGGUGCAAUCCUUGGGUCCGAGCCUACAAGACCACAUUAUAGAGCCUAUGGGUUCGGUCGUUGCUAAUGGCAGGGAGACUACGGUCCAUGGCUCAGGAAUGUUUCACAUGGGUUCUGGUGGAUCAUCUGCAAGUGAACCCCCUGAAAAUCUUGGCUAUCAUUGGCAGUAGGAAAUUUGAAAGUCGCCGUAACAAUAAAUUGCCAAAGCUAUAAUAUUGGUACAUUCGAAUUUAAACUCACGAGUUUCGGGGUUUUUUUCAGGUGUGUUUUAAUUUGGAGAUGUUAAUCUAUUGAAUGUUACUCUUAAAAGUAGAUGCGAGUAUUACUUUGAUUAAACUUUGGGUCCCAAUAAUAGACAUUUAGUUGGAAUGAUACAUGCAAUCAUUUUAGUAGUGGAGAGAA